UUUCAUUCGCAAAGGCUUUGUACGACUACGCGGGACAAACGGAAGAUGAGCUGUCGUUCCCAGAAGGCGCCAUCAUCCGCAUCCUGAGCAGAGAGACCCACGAGGACGAUGGCUUCUGGGAGGGCGAGUUUAACGGCGUUGUUGGUGUGUUCCCCGCAAUUCUUGUGGAGGAUCUCACCGUGACCAGCGAGAGUGGAGAUGGGCAAAGAGACGGCAGCGCACAGGUAGGCUCACGCUGA